AUGCACCGAACUCAGUCGGAUUUUGACGACAACCUAACGUUCAAGGUUUUCAUCUUCCAGUUCAUCAACUUCUACUCAUCAAUCCUCUACAUUGCCUUCUUCAAGGGGAAGUUCGUCGGCUACCCAGGCAGAUAUAAACAUAUCUUCGGCAACGUCAGAAAUGAAGAUUGCGGAAAUGGUGGUUGUUUAAUUGAGCUGGCCCAACAGUUAGGAGUAAUUAUGAUGGGGAAGCAGAUCAUAAAUAAUGCCCAGGAGGUUUUUAUCCCCAAAUUCAAGGCCUGGUGGCACUCUAAAAAGUCUAAGCUGGCCAGUAUUGGCGGAUCCCAGAUGGAGCAGGAUUACAAGCUGGUGGAGAAUGAGGGAUUGUUCCAGGAGUAUCUGGAGAUGGUACUCCAGUUUGGAUUUAUCACAAUCUUCGUGGCUGCGUUCCCCCUGGCCCCCCUCUGCGCCCUACUCAAUAACUGGAUGGAAAUCAGGUUGGACGCACAAAAGUUUGUUUGUGAGACGCGGCGUGCAGUGGCUGAGCGCGCAGAAAAUAUCGGAAUCUGGUUCAAAAUUUUGGAGAUGCUCGCACAAAUGGCAGUUAUUAGCAAUGCAUUUUUGAUCGCGUUCACAUCGGACUUCAUCCAGAAGCUGGUGUACAAGUACGAGUAUGGGGAGAGGGGGACCAUGAAGGACUACGUCAUGUUCACCUUGUCCAAAUCCCCGAAAAAAAACUGGAUCGACCAGGGGCAGGAGGAAUGUUACUACCGAGGGUUCCGUGACGAUGCCGGUAACUUUACCCCAGUCCAUUGGAAGAUACUCGCCCUCAAGUUCGCAUUUGUCAUCAUCUUCGAGCACGUGGUGUUCGGGGUGUGCAAGCUCAUCGAUAUCCUGGUCCCGGAUAUCCCGGCCUCCCUGGAUAUCAAGAUGAAGAGAGAACGUUUCCUGGCCAAGGAGGCUUUACAGGACGCAGAACAUGUUCUCCAGAAAGUUUUGACCGAGGAUGAUGACAGAUACGACUCCGAGGACUCCUCCUUUACUCCUGCCUUAAAGAAGAAAAGUUUAGGAGAACUAUCGGAGAAGUUCUCCGCAACCCUAACCGAACCAGGAGAAGCAAAGGCAGGGUCGUCUAUAGAGAUAUUUGGUGAACCCGGAGUAAGUUCGAAAAGAAACAGUCCUUCUCCGGGUAGGAGAAAGUCUCCUUCCCCUAAACUCAUCUAAACCUGGAGAAAAACGUGAAGAACGAGAGGAAAUUCGGAACUUUCUUGUUCUUCUCUUUUAACCUAAGCCCUAGCUUCAAACUAUAACUUUCAGCUGAUCAAAAACCUUGAUAAAUAUCUAAAAUUUCUCCGUCUCUCUAAAGCUUUUCAUGAACACGUAAAAAAUGAAUCUCUAUAUUUUAAUCUUCAAUCGUUUAUUUUAUACCAAAAAAAAAUAAUUGUUUAAAUUUUAUCUAUGUCUAUGAUAACCUUUAAGUUUACUAAAAGUUUACUUGCCUUUUUUUCAUUUUCAAAAUAUACAGAAGGCCCAGUUUUCUGCACAAUUCUCUUAAUCUUUCAAAAUUGAAAUAAAUUUCUUUAAAGUGGCAGUAAACGUAAUUUAAAGUGACUCUUCCUGUAAAGAGUGUCAAU